AUGAACUUUUUCGAGGCGAUAGUUAGUGGGCUCAAUCUCGAAGACUACGAAGACAACUUUGAACGCCAUCCCGACCCUGAUCACCCGUCCAAUCGGUUCCACGAUGCCGAUAUGAAUGGAGAAAUCGAGUGGGAAUUCCUGUAUGAAGAAGCGGUUGACGAGGCCAUAGAGGCUCAGCAUGGGGUGGUAUGGGAGAGUAAGCCCACUAUCAAAAACAAAAAUGACGCCAAUAUCAUCACCCCCGUCUACGAUUUUGUCACCAAGAGCUUUAAGAGCGACGAGGACGAGUGGGAGUCCAAAACUAAAGUGUUUCUCCGGGCGCUGAAACCAGUCGCCAAGUCACCCGACUACUCGCCUUCACAAGAGGCUUUCCGGUUAGUGUUAGCCCUCACUAUGGUGCGAGGAUUCUCGGCAAAACACUACAGCAUUGAUCUUCUGAAGAUGGACGUAUCGAUGCCUGAGAUUGAACCGGUGUACAUCCAUCACCCAUCUUUGAAGGAGGCCGUACACUCUGUUGGUGACGAUAAAGUGCAAGUACACCGGCUUAUUCAGCCCAUCCAUGGAUUGAAAAACGCCGAACGGCUUUGGUAUAAUCAUUUCCGCCAAGUGUUUGUUGAGAAGUUGAAGUUCAAGGAUUCCAAAACCGUUAGAGGUAUUUACGUUUACGCUCCUGCAGGCGAGAGUAAGGUGAUUGCCUUGGUCAGUGAUGACAAUAUUAUCUUGUGUGGUAAGGAUGAUGACAUUGAUAAGGUGGAGACCCAACUUGAAGAUCAUUUCUCUGUCACGAAAUUGGGAGAGCUUCGUAGAUUUUUUGGAGCCGAUAUCAGUUACAACAAAGCCUUUGGGAGAAUCGAAAUAGGCGCGUGGCGUCAAAUUUUCUCCCUUGUCAGCAAGUACAAAAUUAAAACCGAUCCGAAAGUGCAAGCGCCUUUAGCUGAAGAUUUCGAUGCUAAAUGGCAACAACAAUUGUCAGCGCCGCUUUUGAAAGCCGAUGAGAAAGCUCUGAUUACCGCUGAGUUCAAAAAAAUGAUUGCAGAAUUGAUACCUAUUCAUGAAUGUGGAAGAUCAGAUAUAACUUACGCCGUGACCAAACUUGCUAGUCUCGAGGAACACGCUAAUCAAUUUUUGAUUGAUGCCGUGAAAAGAUUACGAGUGUAUCUUGCGAACACAGCCGAUGAGGAAAUCUUGCUUACACCUAAUGAUGAGACUCGAGACAAAUUCAAAGCUUACAUCAGUACUACCUUUGAUGAACUUGACAAGCAUAAGGCGACUAUUGGGUACAUUGUAUUAAAACAUGGCCCAAUUAGUUGGCGGUCGAAACCGAUAGAGGGACCUGAGCUUGACCCUAUUGAAGCGGAAAUCCAGGCUCAAGCAAUGAUCGUCGACGAAUUACUACGUUUGAACGAGGUGGAACAUUUUAUUCGCACCGGUGAAGAAUACGACCGCAUGCGCCGAAAGAAGGUCGCUGAUGAAAUAUUAUCCAACGGACCUGACCUUGGGUUGACACUUGCUCAGCGGCAGUUUUCUGAAAGAGGAAUGGAUAGCUUGUUCUAG